AUGCAAUCUUCAGAUACCUCAAGAUCCCAGUUCCCCUAUUCCGAACCCUCCGAUCAACAAACAUUCCCCCACGACCGACCCUCGGGGUCUGGGAGUGCCGACGCAUCCAUGUCUGCUCAGCAGUCCGGUCGCAGUUCCUCUGCUUCGUCUCGAUCCCAGUCCAGCAAGAAUCAGCCCGAUAAGCAAAUAUCCCAAAUUGAGAAGAGUGUGACACAUCUCUUGGUUGCGACAAAACAACUCCUCGAAACUCUCACCCAAUGGUCCCGGAAACAAGCAUCGGAAAAUGACGUGUCAGAUGUAUACGUGCGACUGGGUUAUGAGUUCAACUUGGCGUGUCGGGCCUUCAGUGCCAUCGGAGUCGACACUUCAGACCUGGGUCCUGUACCUGAUCUGCUCCGCACCAUUCUUGAAGACACCUUGAGUCAAGAUGCAUCUUCCCAGAGUCUCGAUCGAUACCUCCCGCGAAUUCGAGAUAUAAUCAUCAACUUAUUACACGGGCUGAAGAAGAAGCAAGCUCGCUUAAGGUCUCGACACCAACGCGAUGACGGUCGGCCCUCGACAGGACGGCAGGCCAGUGCCGGGAGCAUCGCCAGUGGACAGGCAAUCGGAAUCCUGUACGACGAUGCUGCGGUGUCUAGUAUGCCGCCAACAGCCCAGUCUCCUAGAAAAUCGAACCGACGAUAUGGUAGCAAUGGAUCUGUGGAGGAUCAACCCGCCAUUGCUCGAACUUCCUCGGCACCUUCAGCGACGGACCCGCGAACAACGAAUCACUCAGAAAGAGAAUCAUCACGGCGGGAGGCCCAGCAGAUGCUGUCUCAGCCCUCCUCCUUGGAUAAUGAAACAACCCCUCGAGCCACCACCUCCAAUACCACAGCGCCUCCUACAUAUACCACACCCGCUGGGUUCCCCGCCCCUCCCCCUCCACCUCCACCGAAAGAAGAUGACGCGUUGGGGGCUUUACAGAGAAGUGGAGAACUUGAGCGACGUGCCUCGCGUCGAUUCUCUGCAUAUCAAAUCCAGAAACACCUGGGCACAUCUACCAGCGGAGUCCCGGUUCUGCCCACCCAAAACUCCCCGAUCCCCAAUCGUGGUCGUGAUGUCCGCGAAUCUUUGAACGCAGUUCGUCUACGUGGCUCAUAUACUCAUGCCAGACAGCGAUCCAACAACCGCGUACAGGAAACUGCCAAGAGUGCACAAGCCCGUCCGUCAGCGACCAUCCCCGGCGUUGUGGAAGAAGGACGUACCUCGUUGGCUGCAGCCACACCGUCGGACCCUGAGGGUGUCAAAGCUGUAUCCUCCGAGACAUCUCGUGAAGCACACGCUCCUGGUCAGAAAAGGGAAUCCGACGAAUCUACCAGCGUUUCUCCUCCGAUAAACCCCCUACCGCAAGAGAAGCCAAUGCUAGAGGACGCCUUUGAGCCUGGGAAGUCAGCACCUCGAACCCCAAAAGCGGACUCCUUUGGACCGUCUACCCAAAUAGCAACACCUCCCUCUGCUUCUCAAUUCAGCGCUGAGCAACCCUCCCCAGGCUCCCCAGGCAAAGAAUUGACGCUGUUUCUGCAAUACAAGAGCAAGAUCAAGAAAUAUGUUCUACCAGAUGGCAUCGCAGAUCUCACCAUUGGGCGCUUGCAACUCGCUUUUAUUGAAAAGUUUGCAUGGAAUACUCAUGACAAUGGCGUCGAUUUGCCGGAAAUCUACAUCCAAGAUCCAAUUUCAGGAAUUCGACAUGAGCUUGAAGACCUCAAUGACGUGAAAGAUCGAUCUGUAUUGGUACUCAACAUCGAUAAUCUCGAUGAGGUCAAAAAGCAUUUCGACGAGGGUCUUGGCAGCGUGCGCCUCCUCGUUGAAGGUGUCAAGGAGGCACUUUCUGGCCAAGAAAAUAUCAUUCAGCGGGUUUCGGACCGCCAGCUUGAGGCUGCUAAAGAAAUCGCUCGGCUGGCUGCUGCUCCUCCGGCUACCGCUGGAGGAAAUGCCAAAGUCUCAAUUUCUGGCAGCGGAAGUCAAAUUGCUGAGCUGCAGAGCCUACGUCGUGACUUGGCUGUUCUCCGACAGACCUACUCCAACUUCACUGCCGAUAUCACUGGCUCGAUGAGCGCAGUCCGUGCCAAGGCAAGCAAGGUCAAAACUGCCGCUGAUAACGUUGCUACUCCCUCCUAUGAAGGGGAUGCCGGUCGUGCUCGUGUCAACACUGGCAAGAAGGAACUUGCUAAUGAGUCAGAGCGACUGGUUGCCCGCGUCGAUGAUCUUCAAGAUUUGGUUGAGGAUCUUAGGAAGGAUGUUGUAACUCGUGGCGUUCGUCCUCUCCCCAGACAACUGGAGGGUGUCAGUCGCGACAUUAGCACCGUCAUGAAAGAAAUCAAGAAAAUGCAGGACUUCCUGGGUCGCGAGAAGCCGAUUUGGACCAAGAUCUGGGAGAAGGAACUGCAGCUGGUUUGUGAAGAACGAGACCAGCUUACCAUGCAAGAAGACCUGGCUGCCGACUUGCAAGAUGAUCUCGAGAAAGCAACCCAAACCUUCGCCCUGGUGGAGCAAGCAACCAAGGAGCAGGUCAUGACAAACACGCCAGGCAGCGGUACUGCUGUUCGCGCCCCAUCCAGGACUCUUGGCAUUGACCCAACCAUUGAUCCUAUGAAAGCCAAGGACGGUGUCUUGGGUGAGGUUCGUGCCUUGCAGCCUAACCAUGAGAGUCGGAUCGAGGCCAUUGAACGAGCUGAGAAAGCACGAAAGAUUGAACUGGAGACUCGACGCAUCGGUCUUUUCCAGAAGGAGCUCGGCGCUUUCGUCGAUGAAGGCAAAUUGAAGAAGAGCGGUGGUUUUGAAGAGACCGAGCGGCUUCGUACUGCCAAGGAUGAGCGCAUCCGCAAAGAAGUUUGGGAAAGGCAGCAGGCCCGCAAUGCUGAAAUGGAGAAGGCGGAAGCGGAAGCGGCUGCUGCCCAGGCCGCAGAGCAAAACAAUGAGGGCGGGAGUGAUGAUGGUCAGCCGGUAAGUGCAAAUGAAACGACUCCGGAGGAUGAAGACAAGGAGGAGAAGACAGAAGAACCCAAAUCUCCAUCUGCCGACGCGGAGAAGCCAUCCCCCAAGUCGCCCGAGGAGGAAGACAACGCUGCCCCUGAACAGCCCUCUGCUUGA